AUGGCUCCUGGGACGACUUGGCAGGCAAGUGAAGAUGGUCAAGACACCGACAAGUUCGCGAAGCGCGGACGCGGCGACGAAGGCGACGACCAGCACGCCGCGUUCAACCGGGUCGGCGAUCGCGAUCAUGGAAGUGGGGCUGACGAUGAUGGAAGUGAAGAUGAAGUGGGGAUGAAGGGCCCAGCGCCGAUGCUGGAGGAUGAAGCGGUCGACGAGCUAACGGUUGUCGUCGGGAAGUCGGGUGCUCCGCGCCCGAUCGAUCGCCGGCUUGAUGCAGAACUCGGUGAAGUUACUCCAGCUAAGGUUCUGGUGCCCGACGAGCGACAGACCAUGGGAAGGCAGCCGCCGGCUAGUGGAGAUACUUCGAAUGCAUACAAGAUACUGGGACAAGUCGGCCGAUCGAUGGUCGCAACAAGCGCGUGGGUGAUAAUGUUCGCGCCGAAGGAAGUCCGCGGUACCAAGUGGGUGACGCUCGAGAGAGACCUGGCGUCUCCGAUCGACGGCUCCAGCCUGUUCCAACUCAGCGAGCAGACCAAACGUCUGCUGGUGGCGAUGGGCUUCGAGUGUACCAGCCUCCCGACGAUGGUGGUUCUGGAAAUAUGGGAGCUCGCUGAGGUAAGCGCCGAGCUGACCAAGUGGAAGCGCAAGCUGAAGAAUUCGUUCGGGGUGCGUGGAAUGAUUAAGACGCCCGACUCGCCAAACAUCGGGGACUCGCACAUGAUGACGCCGAAGAAGAAUAGCGAAGGUCGGCUAUUUAACCCUCCUGCGCUCGCGGGAGAUGACGAUGACGAUGACGAUGACACGGGCCACGGCUUCGUUGGCCCGUGUGAAGACUUGAUGGCGCAGAUCCGACAAUUUUACCAGCGCAAAGACGAAGACGGAGCUCAGCGAGUUAAGCUGAUGCAUCACAUCUCGCUGAACAAGUUGACGAAGUUCUCUAGGACUCGAAGCCGCAGUGAGCGAUCGCUGCGGUGGCUCAAAAAUUUCAUCUACGAGAUGGAGAAAAACACACACCCGCAAGACCGCUGGUGCGACCCGUUCCAACUCCUGAUGGAGAGUGGAGCCAGCAACCGGGUUCGCCAGAUCUCGAAGAAGACGCGCAACAAGUGGUCCUUGCUAUGCGAGGCGUUCAUGGCGUACUACUGCUCGAAGCACGACAAAUCUGCCGACGACCGAUAUUGCACCGCAACGCGGGACGAGGGGGAGCACAUCUGCGACUACCUGCUGCGCCUGAAAGGGUACGAUCACUCGGCGAAAAUCGCGUAUAAAGCGGGCGGCACCGUCGGCGCCAGGCACGUCAAGCGUUUCCUCGACACUUGUAACGAUGAUGCGCUGGCCCGGCAGUUGAUCCCUCAACGAUUCGACAACAUCGCCAAGGUGGAAGCUGUGAUGUAG